UCAGUACAUCCAGUUGAAAUUCACACUUUUAGUGGAACAUCGUAACUGAAUGUUAUCAUGCAACUGCUAUUUCAGAUUCUGGUUUUCUCUAUAACACCCUUCGUUGUACGAGGAUCUUGUGAAUCUCAGUACUUGCCCAACAGAUUUUCAGUUACUUGCACCAAUUUUACAUUUCGAAAUGUAUCUAUCGAACCAACUUACAAUGAACUCAAAUGGAAUUAUACAAAGAGUAUAACUAUCAAUGAAUCUGCUGUACCGGUAUUUAAAUCAGAUUUGAGCUUCACCAAGCUCAUCAAUUUCUCAGUUGCAGUUUUCUCAGAUAUUGGCAUAAAUGUAAUAGAGCAACAUGCUUUCAGCAAAAUGCCCAACUUGACCAAUUUGUUUUUAUCUAACAAUAAUAUCAAUAGAAUCUCUAUUGGUAUCUUCGAUAACUUGAAGAAAUUAAAAAAACUAGACCUGUCCAAUAACUCAAUUAGCGUCAUCGAGGCCGAUUCUUUUCUCAAUUCUAGCAUAACGCUACUCAAUAUAUCACUGAACCACUUGACAUUCUCGGAAGGCUUCAGUUCAAUGACAAAACUUACCGUGCUUGACUUUUCUCAAAAUAAUUUAUCUUCCUUCGACUUAUCGCAAACUCCCGAUAAAUUGAAAACUCUCAUUUUGGGAAAUAAUAACGUAAAAAAGUUCACAGGAAGUAGGAACAAAAUGUUGACGAUAUCGACAUUGAUUCUAACAAAAAAUUCAAUUCAGAACCUAGAGCCGCUACCAUUGAAGAACUUCAACAAUUUAGCGAAAUUAUAUUUGAAUAGAAAUGAUAUUAGUUCUCUACCUACUGGAUAUUUCUCCGAUUUGCUCAGUCUUUGUCAUCUAGAUCUUUCCUAUAACAAAUUGACAGUAAUACCAACCGGUACAUUUGACACAUUGGGACAUUUGCAAACCCUGAUUCUCUCACAUAAUAAUAUCAAGAUCAUAGAAGAAACCAAUUUGCACAAUUUGUAUGACCUUUCUCAACUUUAUAUCGAUCAUAAUCGACUGAUCACAUUGAAUUUGAAUGCCUUGAUGAAACCAGAUAAACACCUGAAGAACGUAUGGCUGGAUAGUAACAGAUUUUCUUGUGAAUUUCUCUCUCAACUUAUUGAAAAAACAAUACUUUCGAACAUAGAAGUUGCCAAUGGAGAAAAUUUCAACUCCUCCAAUGUCAAUGGUAACAAAUGUUACAGAGAUCAGACCGAUAACGAUUACUCGUUUUACAAAUCUAACAGGUUGCCAAUAAUAUUUGGGGGACUCGCUGGAGUGGUCUUUGUUUUGUCCAUACCAUGGUGCGUAAGAUAUUAUAUAGGAACUAGGUCGGGAAGAAGCCUAGUGGAAGAAAUGGAAAUGGAUCCAUCUGAGACGUCUCGUCCGUAUGGCAGUACAUUCAGCAAUCCCUCCAUGAAUGACUCCAGUCCAUAUUCAAAUAUUUAACAAUAUUUUGUAUUUUUUAUCAUAAUAAAAAUUUUAUUUUUUCAAGAUUGAGUACAAAUACAGAUAAGAAUUCAAUAUAUCUUAUAUAUAAAAUUCUUGUAUCACAGUGUUAGUUGGCAUACUUCUCAGAAACGGCUUCACCAAUUUUUAUUAAAAUUCAAUAGGUAUACUUAGUAGGUCUGAUAAUAGUUUCCAAUCUAUUUUCCAUACCGCUAAGUGCAAAGGGUGCACAACCCCAAACAAUAAAAAAUAUGUAAAACAUG